AUGUCGAGCAUUCGCGGAGGCCCUGAAAAGAGCUUUCUAUUCCACUAUAGAAAUAUCUCCUAUUGGAAGGAUUUUGCUGUAGGAAGUGAGGGCACCGCCCAAUUUUCCUCUAAGAGACUUUCAUGCCGGGCCAUGGUUGAGAUUUUCAAAUCGAAAAGCUCUGCGACUGUCAACUCCAAUAUGACCCAUAGCCCCACCGAGAUCGAGAAUGACCUUGUAAAGAGUUCUAUGGAGUAUAUCCAAGAAGAAUACCAACGCUCCGACUGUGUUGCAAUACGUACAUCAUGGCCCCAGGGCUCGCCCACGACAACACUCAGGCAUCCGCAUCCGGCCCUUCCAAAACCAAACCGACAGUUUAUAUCCUCGACAAGUUCAACGAAAAAGCCCCUCGCCCAUGCUAGGACAAUAUUCAAUGGCAUUCUUCCCGAGGACGAAGGAUUCGCCGACUGGAAGAAGAAUGCAUCCGCACUGCUAAUCCGCGGCUCGUACUUGACCGCCGAGGACAUUGCUAGCUGCCCCAACCUCAUCGCUAUCGGCAAGCAUGGUGUUGGGAUUGAUAAAAUUGAUCAAAAGGCAUGUGGGGCAAGGGGUAUCAGGAUUUGCAACACCCCCGGUGCCAACGCUCGUGAUGUCGCGGAACUCGUCCUUGCGCUCAGCGUGACAGUUGCUCGAGACAUUCGAUCCAUUACGACACGCCAAAUGACCAGGCCCAUCCCAAAAGAGACCUGCAAUGGUUUGACGCUUUAUAAGAAGACUCUCGAAAUCAUUGGCAUGGGAAAUAUCGGGCGCACUGUUGCGGAAAUUUUCCGUGGCGCUUUCGAUGCCAAUGUCGUCGCUUAUGAUGUUUUUAUGCCGGACGGUGCAUGGCCUCACAUCUCACAUCGGAGCUUCAAUGAUAUGGAAGAAGUUAUCAAGAGGGCAGAUGUUGUUUCUAUUCAUGUUCCGUUGACAGAGGAAACGCGUGACAUGAUAUCGUACAAGGAGAUUCGAAUGAUGAAACCCGAUGCGAUACUGAUCAACGCUGCUCGAGGUGGAAUUGUCAACAAAGCUGAUCUCACUACGGCCUUGUCUGAGGGCCAUCUAUGGGGAGCUGGUCUGGACUGCCAUGAACAAGAACCCCCACUCGUGAGAAGUAUGGUGCGCUGUGGGAUAAUUUGA